UGGCGGCGGGGCCCCGGGGCGGUGGCGGCGGCAAAAUGGCGGCGGCAGCGGCUGAGGCGGGAAGCGGCGGAGCUGAGGGGACCGCGGCGGGCGGCGAUGGCGGCCCCGGGGGGCUCGGCCGCGGGCAGCUCUUCGCAGCCGUGGUGGACGCCUUCAUGGAGAAGCUGGUGGCGGCGGGGAGCUACCAGAGGUUCGCGAACUGCUACCACCGCUUCUACAGGCUGCAGCCCGAGAUGACCAGGAGCAUUUACGAUCAGUUUAUAUCCCAGCUGCAGGCUUCCAUCAAGGAGGAGAUCCAGGAGGUGAAGAGAGAAGGGAACCUGGAGGAGCUCUUUAACUUGCUGGAUAAGAUCGUGGAGGAGGCGAAGGACCAGGAAGAGCCUGCAUGGCGUCCCAGUGGGAUCCCAGAAGAAGACAUUCGCAGCGCCGUGGUGCCCUACCUCCUGAAGCACAAGUCAUACCUGCAGAAAGUUCUGAAGGAGAAGGAGGAAGAAAACAGGAAGCUGGCAGAGUCUGUGCUCGCGGGGAGGGAUCAGAUUGCUAAGCUGCAGCAGCUGAUAGACACUCGCAGACAAGCCUGGCAGGCAAUUAGUAAGGAGCAACGAGAACUCAUCAUGACCUUCAAGGAGCCCCAGUGAGGAGGCAGAGAGAUUCUGCGCCUUUCACAUAGGAAUUUUAUCUUCAUCUCUGAAGCACUGACGAUGCCUCGGGAAGUGGGACACCGCGUGUGGCACGUACAAACCAUGCAAACUUGAGUUCAUCUUGUCCGCCUGAAAGAAACUUGCAGGAGAACCAGAAAGUUGCCAGACUUGCACGAUUUGGUCAAAGUUUGUGAAGAACUAUGAAAGCGCGUCAGGAUGUUUGGAAACAGAUGACAAAUGUGUAUCCCCCCACUCAGUUCAACAGGGCGAAUCCCACAGGUCUGAUAGCCAGAGCACAUCUGUACAUUCACACACUUCUUUAGAUCUCACACGCUUUCUUAGCACCAUGACAAGUGUGAUUCUGGCAUGCUAAAGCCAAAUUGGAGACCUCAAAGGCAUUUUAGGUGCAUAUUAGAGAAAAAUCGGUGCCUUAUACAUAAAAAAAAAAAGCACGGAGGCUGGUUGUGCCGCGCUCAGGAGUGAGGAGCCCACAUCAGACUCGUGUGCCUUGCUUUCGUAGGUGUUCAUGUCCAGUUCCCAUUUCUUCAACUGUCUGCCCGUGAGCCGUGUGAAAAGAUGUUAGCAUCUGCCUUAUCACAUCAGGCUCCUCAUUGCCAUAUAUUCUUUUUUUCCCAGCUAUUUUCCAGCCCUGCUCCACUACCCGCAGACGAGCAAAGUACACGUGGAGGGCACUUCUUGAGAACCACAGUGCAAAGGACCCGGGGACCUGUCCCUUGUUCAUGUGGAGCUGAGCAGGGCUUAGCGUGGCCCUGCCGUGGCUUUGUGGGCUUGUGUAAAGGGACUUAAUAUUUUCCUGAGAAACCUCCUUGUCGAUUUUUUGCAUCUGUAAGCCGUGGGUGGGUUUGGUUAUACCCCCCAGAGCAGUUCUUCACUGUCCCUUCUGAAAUUUGCCAGCCAUGGAAGCAGGCACUUAACUGGAGCCUGCCUGCAAGGGCCGUACUGAAACCCUGCAAGUGAGGCUGCUCUUCAAAGUGAGGAGAAGGUCCUUCGUCCGGGCUGGGAAGGUAACGAGGAGUCUUAGUGGGCCUGGCAGGGAUCAGUCACAAGCGUUUCCAGCAGAUGCCAGAUCUGCCAAAGGCAGCAGGUCCUCUACCUGUCCGGUCACCUGUCAUCCCCCGGCCUGCAUUGCACUUCAGCUAUCGGUGAAAGCUGUCUGGUGUGGUGUUGAACUAGGAAUUCUGAGAACAAAGGUAGCAAUUUCCACCAAGCACAAGCCUCUGUUUUCAAUUAGAGGCACUUACAGCCUGUGAUUGACUGACUUAGGCAUAUUUUCCUUUUGUCAUAAACAAGCCUUGCCUUGCUGCAUUAUAAUCUAAAUAAAUUGGGGCUGUUGCUUUUCCCCCCCG